AUGGAAGAACUUGAUCAGCACUCAGACCAUACCGUGGAGGCUCUGCAGAUGACGGCAAAGCGUGUGGGCACCAUCCAGAAUCUGCAGCUGCGUGACGUCCGCAUUAGACGGGCGCUAGUCCUAGCAGACCCAGAAGCCGGGGUUGAGUCGUGGUUUCAUCUAAAGCCCCGGAAGACGGGCAUAAGGGGCGGCGUCGGAGCUUGGCUCGAGUUUACCUUUUACAUCAACCUCGAUGGAGACAAGUUCGUUGAGCACGCAUCAGGCCUGUGCCAAGUUGUCUACGAGCAUGAGACGCCUCCGUCCGACGUUGACGAUCCAGCAUAUCAGUCUAGGAUCACUACGAGAGCUGCCGUGCAGCGGGCUUUGAUAGACGUCCCAGACACCAAGGUUUUGACGCAGAAUCCAUUCAAGACGGGCUAUCUGAUCCACCCCGGCACGCUAGACAGCUGUUUUCAAGCCAUGUUCGCCUCAGCUCGGGGCUUCGACGCCGGGUCGGGCUCGGCCUAG